CAAAAAUUUACGAACUUGUUUCAAUUCAACUUUCAAGUCAGAAUAAUGAUUUAGUAGUGAAAGUUCAUGUCUUUGAAGAUAUAAAAUCGUAUCCGAUCAUUCAAUCGUUUGAAAAAUGAAUGUUUUAAAAAAUAUAUUCGGUAAAUCUUCGUAUUCGUACGUUGAAAAAAUCCACAACGUACGAAAGUUUCACCUAAGUAGUGCAAAUAAAACACGCUUCGUUCAAUACACGUCGAAUGAAAACACUCAAAGUUUAGGUAUUUUAUCCAAAGACUCGACCGAAGUAAUUGACUUGAGCAACGUGAACUCCAGUAUACCGAAUACGUUGGUGGAAUACCUUCGAAAUGAAUCCGAAUAUAGCAAAAUAAUACCCAAAAUACUGAACGAGAAGAAGCUAGUCUAUAAAACCGAACAAAUAAAACUACUCGCUCCAGUUACCAAACCAGAUAAAGUAAUUUGCGUGGGACUUAAUUACAAAGGACAUUGUGAUGAGCAAAAUAAACCUUACCCAGAGGAACCAUUCUUCUUUACGAAAUUUCCUAGUACCAUCAUAGGACCUAAUGAUGCUUUACUUCUUCCAGUUAAAUCUAAAGCUGUGGAUUGGGAAGUCGAAUUGACUGUUGUUAUUGGAAAGACGGCUAGAUUUGUGAAUAUUGAAGAUGCUUCCGAAUAUAUCUUCGGUUAUACCGUUGCUCAAGAUAUUUCAGCUCGAGAUUGGCAAACGCCGAAGAAAAAUAAUGGACAGUGGAUUUUUGCUAAAAGUAUGGAUCAGUUUUGUCCACUGGGUCCUUGUGUAGUUACCAAAGAUGAAAUACCGGAUCCUCAUAAUUUACAAAUUUCGUGUUCGGUGAAUGGUGUUCAAAAACAAAACGCUAAUACGGUGGAAUUAAUUCAUAGAAUUGAUAAAUUGGUUUCAUAUUUAUCAGAAUUGAUCACUUUAUUGCCUGGUGAUAUUAUUUUGACUGGUACACCAAGUGGCGUUGGAGUGUUUCGAAAUCCCAGAGAAUUUCUAAAACCUGGUGAUCGAAUCAAGAGUGAAAUUUCAUCCAUCGGAGUUUUAGAAAAUUCAAUCGUAUAGUUACCGAGCAUAUUGUAAUAAUUAUUUGUACAUAAUUAUUGUAAAGCGAGCUUAUUAUUUUCGCGUUGAAUAAAUGCCCGUGUAAAUUUCACAA